GUGGUUCAAUUCAGAUACACACGCCGCUAGACGGAUAGUCUAAUUUUCUCCUUUUUAGCAAACUGUCUAAGUUUCGGAUUAACCAGAGUAAUAUCGCACAUGGAUUAAUAUUUUUCAGUGAAUGUUAAUCAUUUCGUGUGUAUUUAUAUUGAAUAAAAAGUAAAAGUAAACGUACUUUUCAAAAGAACAUAAUUAUUUAGUAAAAUGGUGUUAUCUUGUCGAUUUUAUAAAGAAAAAUAUCCAGAAGUGGAGGAUGUAGUUAUGGUAAAUGUACGAAGUAUAGCAGAAAUGGGUGCAUAUGUACAUUUAUUAGAGUAUAAUAAUAUCGAGGGCAUGAUAUUACUUUCUGAAUUGUCCAGAAGACGUAUCAGAUCUAUUAACAAACUGAUUAGGGUAGGCAAAACUGAACCUGUUGUUGUUAUAAGAGUGGACAAAGAAAAAGGUUAUAUCGAUUUGAGUAAACGACGUGUAUCAGCAGAAGAUGUAGAAAAAUGCACAGAGAGAUAUGCUAAAGCUAAAGCUGUAAAUUCUAUCUUAAGACAUGUUGCUGAAUUGCUACAUUAUGACAACGAUGAUCAAUUAGAGGAACUCUAUAAGAAAACAGCAUGGCAUUUUGAAGAAAAAUAUAAAAAACAGAAAGCUUCUGCAUAUGAUUUCUUUAAACAAUCAGUACUGGAUCCCUCUAUUUUAGCAGAAUGUGGGCUUGAUGAACAUACAAAAGAAGUAUUAUUAAAUAACAUUAAAAGAAAAUUGACUUCUCAAGCUGUUAAGAUUAGAGCAGAUGUAGAAGUUGCUUGUUAUGGUUAUGAAGGAAUUGAUGCAGUUAAAAGUGCUUUAAAAGCUGGACUGGCACUCUCUACUGAAGAACUUCCUAUUAAAAUUAACUUAAUUGCUCCUCCUUUAUAUGUUAUGACAACAUCAACACCAGAGAAACAAGAUGGUUUGAAAGCAUUAAGUGAUGCUAUUGAAGUUAUACAAGAAAAAAUAACAUCCUUAGGAGGAGUAUUUAAUAUUCAAAUGGCUCCAAAAGUUGUUACUGCUACUGAUGAAGCAGAGUUGGCAAGACAAAUGGAACGAGCUGAAUUUGAAAAUGCAGAAGUUGCUGGAGAUGAUGAUGAUGAAGAAGAAGCAGAAGGUAUGGAUGACUUUAGUGGUGGAGAAGGUGCAGAAGACGAAAAAACAGGACAUGAAUCUGCAGAAGAAGCUUGAAUCCAUAAUUUUUUACUGAUUCAUAAAUCCAAUUAAUAGACAAA